AUGGAGCUGUUAGGCAUAUGCUACCGCUCUGGCUGCUCUACCCAGCACCUUAAUGCAGUUCUACUUGUAUUACUGUUGACUUACGGCUAUCGUGAUGUAUACCCUCUAGCGACCUUCACUCGAAUUCCCCAAGAUCUCCACGAAGGUUGGCUUCUGUGGGCAAAGAUUGCACUUCUCAUAAUCGUGGGACUUGUCGUUCCACUGCUGACAUCCCUCAGAGUAUAUUCCAAUCCUCUGGUGUAUCUGGCCUACCGUGACCCUGCAUCUGUUCCUGAAAAGCUUCCCCCUUUGGCCUAUACUCUUUCGUCCAAAGUGCAAGUCAGGAAUGCCUUCCCAUUUCUAGACCCUUUCUCUGGCGACCGAGAUUAUAGUCUCCUCCAUGGUCUCUUGAAGUACCACCAAAGGACUGCUGUUCAGUUGACGCUGCUUCAGGUCGUUAAGACGCUUCUCACAUUUGUGGCACCCAUUGGUAUCAACCGCCUCCUACACUAUUUGGAAACCGGAGGGGAUGGCGCGGUUAUCCGUCCGUGGGUUUGGAUUUCGUGGCUUUUUAUGGGCCCUUUCCUCCGGUCUUUAAUGAUGGAGUGUUUCUUCUUUUCCGUUGGAAUCCUCACGCAACUCAUAUUCAAGCAUGCUCUUCGUAUCCGACUCGAUCUGGAGAGUCAGAAAACGGCCAAGUCAAACAUCAUAGGCAGGAUCAAUACGUUGGCGACAGCCGAUGUGGGGAGUAUUACCGAGCCGUCUUUACCGAUGUAUCUAUACGAGGUUUUGUGGGCUCCCAUCAACCUGCUCUUAACCAUCGGAUUUCUAUAUAGUAUUUUGGAUCGGAGUGCGCUGGUAGGACUUGUUAUAAUGCUCAUAUGUAUUCCUGUACCAGGUUACCUGUCACGGAUGAUGCGAGAUGUUCAGAGGAAGAGGAUGAAAAAGGUAUUUACUCAAUUUUAUGCUAUGCCGAUGUUGAGGAUGAUCAAAUUGUUUGGCUGGGAACCCAAAAUGAAAGAUCAGAUUGACGAAAGAAGGGUUGACGAGUUAACAUACGUUCGAUGGAACAAAAUUCUGGUCUUGCUGACUGCCCAUGUGAACUUUCUAAUCCCACUUCUUACAAUGAUUGCAACCUACGCAACAUUCGUGCCCGCUAUAGUAUUCUCUUCAAUUACAGUGUUCGAAAUUCUGCGACAAAAGUUCCGUCUAGUCGUCAACGGCAUCCCGCCCAUAGUACAAGCCAAGGUGUCCCUGGAUCGAGUAAACAGAUUUCUCCGCCGUACCGAACUCUUGGAUACAUUCUCCACAAACAACGUCGCCGUCAAUGCCGCUCAUGAUAAGUUAGGCUUUAGGAACGCUGAAUUUGUCUGGUCGAGUGAAAGUAGACGCGACUUCAAGCUGCGAAUAGAGGGCAACCUGUUCUUCGACACUGGCAUUAACAUCAUCGUCGGCCCUACAGGAGUUGGGGAAAUGCAUUUCGUUACGCCGGGUCCUGAUUCAUGGUUCCAUUUACCUCGUGAAAAUGGCGUGGCGUAUGCUGCUCAGGAGUCCUGGGUUCAAAGUGAUUCCAUUAGGAAAAACAUCCUUUUCGGGUCGCCCUAUGAGGAAGACCGCUAUAAUAAAGUUCUUGAUCAAUGUGCAUUACUACCUGAUCUUGCUCUCUUUGAGGCCGGAGACAGAACGGAAGUUGGAGAAAAAGGUUUGACGUUAAGGGUAAAACUCGAUUUUGUACAGGCACGGGUUACGCUUGCAAGGGCAGUCUAUUCUCGAGCCAAGGUUUUACUCUUGGACGACGUACUUGCUGCACUGGACGUUCAUACAGCGAAGUGGAUUGUUAAUCGAUGCCUGAAUGGCGACUUAGUUGCCGGAAGGACCGUUCUCCUCGCUACACAUAACCUUGCUCUGACACGUCCGCUGGCUCAAUCGGUCACUCUGAUCAAAUUGGAUGGAUCUAUUUUGCAUGGAUCAGUGGACAAUGUUCUGGGUGUAAAUCCCACGUUAGACGCUGAAAUAUCGGAGGAAGAGGCUCUAGAAAGUUCGAAACAAGACGCAGAUGAUACCCAACUCAAUAUUGCCGAACCUUCAGGAAAGCUGAGCACGACAGAAGAAAUCGAAGAAGGUCAUGUACAAUGGGCAGCCUUCAAGCUUUUCCUGGGAAAUCUGAGCGGACAUGUCGUGGCUUUCUGGCUGACGUUGAUCGGAUCUAUUGCGCUGAAUGCAGGCGUUGCAGCAUUCCAGUCCUGGUUCUUAGGCUAUUGGUCCACUCAAUAUCAACUGCGUGAUCCAUCUGACGUGCCAGCGUCGUUCUACCUGACCGUAUACGCGCUCCUUUCCUUAUUGUGCAUAUUUUGUUACUCGGCCGGAUAUACGAUCUUUACUUUCGGCUCUCUAAGAGCAGGAAGACUCAUACAUCAGUCUCUAAUUGAGUCUGUUCUUGGUACAACAUUACGAUGGCUGGAUACAACACCGACAGCACGCGUAAUUGCACGUACAACUGUGGACAUAAAGGCUGUCGACAACAGCGUCCCUUUCGCAAUUUACCGCUUAACGGAGUUAAAUUUACAGCUCAUCAUUCAAUUUGGAUCUAUCAUUUUCUUCAGCCCUGCUUUUUUCUUUCCGGGCGUUGUGAUGACAUGUCUUGGUGGCGUGUUCGGACAGUUGUACAUGAAGGCCCAGUUACCGGUUAAGCGAUGCAAUGCGAAUGCGAAAUCCCCACUCCUUGGCCACUUCGGCGCGGCUAUUUCGGGACUCGUCUCAAUCAGAGCAUACGGCGCUCAAGAAAGUUAUUUUCAAGAGUCCAUGCGUCGUAUCGAUGCCUAUGUUAGAUCGACGACCACUUUCUACGAUCUCCAUAGAUGGAUAGCUAUACGAACAGAUGCGUUGGCAGGGAUGUUCACGUCGUCUCUGGCUAUUUAUCUGGUUUAUGGCAGAGGGUCUAGCAUGAGCGCGGCUAACACGGGUUUUUCACUUGCCACAGCUGGUAAAGCACCCUCAACGAUUGAAGUUUCAUUCAGCUCGAUGAUUCUCGUAUGGGUGAGGAUAUUCAAUGCGGUGGAAUUGCAUGGCAACCUGGAACGGAUUCUCCGUUAUAUCAGAACGGAGCAAGAGCCUAAAGCUUCUGCAAUAGGCGUCCCUCCGGCGUAUUGGCCAAGCAGUGGGAAUCUACGUGUCGAGAACCUAUCUGCAAUGUAUACGCUUGAUGGUCCCAAAGUUCUACACAACUUGUCGUUUGAGAUAAAAUCAGGUGAACGUGUUGGAAUAGUGGGACGUACAGGUUCCGGAAAGAGCUCACUGACCCUCUCUCUUCUGCGAUGUAUUCCGACGGUGGGGGAGGUGUACUACGAUGAUCUCCCAACCAGUAAAAUGAAUCUUGAUGCGUUACGAUCCAGCAUCACAAUCAUCCCUCAGAUGCCCGAGUUACUUAGCGGCACACUGCGUUACAAUCUCGACCCGUUCUCCCAGCAUGAUGAUUCAACCUUGAACGACGCAUUGCGCUCAGCUGGUCUUUUUUCUUUGCAAGAAGAAAAUGACGAGAACAAGAUCAAUUUGGAUACUAAUAUCUCUAGCGGAGGAGGCAACCUAUCGGUGGGCCAACGUCAAAUGUUAGCUUUGGCGAGAGCCAUUGUUAGAAGGAGCAAGUUGCUCAUAUUGGAUGAAGACUACAAGACCGACGCGAUAAUUCAGAAAACGCUCAGAGAAGAGCUGAAGGAUAUCACGCUAAUCACGGUCGCCCAUCGCCUCCAGACUAUCAUGGACUUUGACAAGAUCGUUGAAUUCGAUACACCGCGAGUGCUCCUAAAUUCAGAGAAGGGAUGGUUUCGUAGGCUUGUAGAUAAGAGCUUGGACCGUAGUGCUUUAUACGCUGCUGCCGGCGCUUAG